GACUAAUGUUGUCGAUGUAGGUCAGAAUGGCUAAUGAAAGGCAAGGAUGUCGUAAUUGUCGCCGAAGACGGAUCAUCUGCGACAAAACUCUCCCCAAGUGUUUCAAAUGCGGUACGAGAAGUCUCGAGUGUCCGGGAUAUGGACCGAACUACAGAUGGAAGUCGACCGCCUACGAUCAAACACGAGUCAAGACUGAAGUGGAAGCCUUGGAUUUGAUUCAGGAACUUUCUGGUCAAGCUUCAAUGCACCAACUUUCGAGUUCUCUCGUCCAGACCAUGACCUCAGACCGUGGUGCUGAAUACACGCCACAACCCAAAGUAAUGCCUGCACCUCUGUUUAAUGCUUCUCAUCUGAGUUCGCUUCCCGGUUACAUUAACAAUUCAUUGUUUUCUCGCCUGUUGCAUCAUUAUGUCAUGGUUAUCACCCCCGAACUAGACUGGGUCGACACCGCCGAGAAUGUCCAUCGGAGCAUCAUCCCGUCAAUGGGCUUCAAGAUUCCGUCGAUUUGUUUUGCCCUUCUUGCAUUGUCUGCCGGCGAUUUGAGCACCAGGAUGAAGCUCAACGACCUUGAUUCACACAACUAUACCAAUAUUCAGCAAAGGCUUCAAGAAGACGCACUCACCCUUCUGUCGACGCAUCUACAGGCUCUCACUGCCUCAUUCGAGCCGAAAGGUCCAUUGAACAAAUCUCAACUACGAGAGAUGUUGGUGUCGGUCUUCCUUCUUGUCUGCUUGGGUGUUCGACUGGGCCGAAAUCAGAUCUGGGAAUUACACCUGCGAGCUGCUCGGGCGCUCAUCGACUCCUGGAAUGCUGCAGACGGAAUUGUUUCACAUGCAGGUUACGGAGUCGAGAGGUGUAUAAUUCAGCUACUCGGGGAGUUUCAGACCUGGCUUUCGAUUAUGACCUUUGGCCAAUCUCCAAGAAUUACCUUGAAGCGAGGGCCUGGAGAUUGGCAUGCGCCAUUUGACGGGUAUGUACAUGCCCUUGACCAAAUCACCAUAUUGGCACGCCGUCGGCUACGUCAGGUGCCAAUAGAUACCGCGAUGGAAGUGGACCGCCUCCUGAAGGAGCUCGAAGACACCAAAAAGACUACUCUGGAGUAUUCGCUGCAGAUACCAUUCAAUGCUGCCAAUGCCCGCAGUGCUUUCUCCUCACUCGUCGAGAUGUUCCACCAAGCAACCCUAAUCUAUCUAUUCCGGGCUGGGUUAGACCACGAAACCGCCACUAGAGCUUGUACAGCCCCAAAACUUCGACUUUUCCAGGUGUUGCGAGGGUUGCCCGACAUCGAGACGAUUGCACACAACAUGCCUUGGCCGCUGUUUAUUGCAGGCACAGAAUGCCAUGGAUGCGUUGAGAGUCAGAAGUUCGUCGAGGCCAAGAUGCAUGAAAUGAUUCGAUUGACUGGGACUCUGGAUCGACAUCGCAUGCUGAAAUUCCUUCAUGAGGUGUGGACAAGUGAAGAGAUGUGCGAGGGGGUGAAUUGGAUAUCUAUUGCCCAACGAUGGGAUUGGCAGGGAAAUGCCUUUCUCGUCCAAUGACCAGAAUACUUGAAUUCCAUCCUUGAUGAUUCUUCAACUUGUCUCGCUGGACAACUUGGAGCCAUUAUCAGUCAAGCAGCCAUCAGUCCCUCCUCUUUCCAACUACAUGUCCACGGUUUCUUCGUCCUCUACUCCGAAAAUGGCCCUCAUUGGAUCUUGGUAUUUGUAAAAUCCACACGAUGGCCGACUGAUGCCGUACCCCAACAACCGCUGGACUUGUGGAGUCUGAACUCUUGCAAGCUCGGGUGGUACCAUCAAGUACUGAUUCUCUGCUUGCCGGUAGAAUCCUUUGGUCAAGAAAAGACCCACAAUCUCCCGGACUUCGUCACUGAUAGUUGGACAAUUGUUAGAGGACAACAGGUUGUGAUCGCGGCUGGGAUCACGAAUAUACUUACCUCGUUAUGUUGGCUCCUCCGCCGUGAU